CUAGCUUUACUUGCCUUUAGAGAAAUCCAUUCCGAUUAUUUUUUACUACAAUGUGCUCAGUGAUAUUUGGAAAUAGAUCAAUAUGGAUAUAUCUACACUAUAUAUAUUUUUAUUACAGUAUAAAAAUAUAUAUUAGAAAAACAUUGUGUAUUGGGCGUUAUUAUGUUUCUUGUUGUUUUCGUCUAUUUUGUGCUGUAUUCUUCUGUUCUGCACUAUUUUUAUCUGUUUUCCACAUUUUGUUUAUUACAGUAUAAUAUAUCUCAUUGAUUUUUUCAACAUGGCCUGCAAGUGUGCAAAAUUUUGUGUCACUGCACCCUCACAAUAAAUGUUCUCUUUUCCUCGUUUCUCUCUUUAAAUUCUGUCAUGAUAUUUAAAAACAUACUGCUGUACUGCCUACCACAAUGAGAGUUCUCUCGGUGUGACAUCUGAUGUAGCCUAUGCGGAAUAGAAAUAAAACAAUUUCAUUGUGCGCUGGCAAUGAUGUACCGGUAACUAAAAUUCAUUCCUGUUAUAUGUUUUCGUCUAAAUACUGUAAAUAGUAGUUUUAGUUCAAUUUUUCAAUUAUCCAUCAUCCUAACAGUAUAUAUGGUUUCACAAUUAUUGAUUGAUUUUGAAAAUGAUUGAUAGGGGGAGUGAUUGAUUAUGUAACUUAAAUUUCUAAUUUCAUGGGUAUUAUGCGCAUGUAACAUUGUUCCCUAGGCAGGCUAAGAUUUGAAUGCUCUGGUCAAUUCACGAUGGAACGCAAUUGAAUGUUUUAGUGAAACAGGAUUGCAGUUUGUUAUGCAACUGACAUGUACUUUAGAGAGCUCAACUUUUUGGACACAAAAUGGACAUACAAAUCGUUUUUUUUAUUAUUAUGUUGCUGUUUUUAGAAUUGUUGUUAAAAAAAUCGCGUUUUUCUUUAACUACUUGAGCAAUUGCUUUGAAAUAUCCAGUGGCUGAAGAUUGUAUUUUUUGCUAAAAGGCUAUUACUUUUAUUUAUUUCUGUGGGCUCUAUGAAAUUCAUUUUUGUGUGAUGAUGCCAAAAAUUUCGCACCUUGUGGCGGUCCUGCUUUCGCGUUAGUGGUCAGGCGAAGUCUGUGGUAUCGAUAGUUUACUAUGACUCACCCAUAAUACUUCCCAUAAUACUUCCUUUUAGCUUUAGUGUCAAUAUAUUCGAGCAACACAUCUUGUGUUUUUUUUAAUCCUUGGCAAUGGACAGUCUCUUGACCAUGCGAAAGAGGUUGUAAUAAUGUAGGAGAUACCUGAAAUGUAAAUGCCUAUGCUUAGGGGGAAUAAUAUAUUGUGACAAAAUUAUAUUUUCUAUGUAGCACUAUACCGCUGUACAUGUAUCUAUGAUUUUGGCCUGGAUAAAUAAAAAUGAUGACUAGAGGAAGAUGCGUAGCUGAUGUUAAAAACAUUGCCAAGAAGAGAAGAAUAAAGUCAAGACAUGAUAGGUCGAAAAGUGGAGAGCACAAAUCGAAACGAUCGCGAAAUACUACCAAUAAUACAUCUGUCAAUGAUGUUGAAGCAGACAAAUAUUCUUUAAUUGCAUGUGGGUCAUUUAACCCCAUCACAAACAUGCACCUUCGUAUGUUUGAAGUAGCAAAAGACUAUAUCAAGUACACUCUGAAUGCUGAAGUCAGCGUAGGCUUGGUUUCUCCUGUAUCUGAUGGAUACAAGAAACAAGGCUUAGAAAUCUCAUCUCACAGAAAUAAAAUGUGUUCUUUAGCAAUUAAAAGCAAUAAUUGGUUGGAAGUAUCGAGAUGGGAAAGCAAUCAGAAAUCUUGGACACCCACUAUAGAAGUUCUUCGAAAUGCUAAAAAUAAUCUGAAAGUGAACAACAACCUUUCAAAGCUUAUGCUGUUAUGUGGUUCAGACUUUUUUGAAUCUUUUAAUAGACCCGGUCUAUGGUUGGCAGAGGAUAUCAAAGCAAUAAUUAAUGAAUUUGGCCUUCUUGUGAUUGAAAGACCGGGUUACGAUUCCGCAAGAAUUAUGGCCGACAAUACCAUGUUGUCAGAGUUACGUGAUAGUAUACAUAUAAUAACAGAUCCAAUUAACAAUGAUACAAGUUCCACCGUUGUGAGGCGUGCUCUGAGAAAGAAGGAAAGCAUCAAAUAUUUAACUCCUGAUUCUGUAAUCGAUUAUAUUAUGAAACAUAAUUUAUAUUCCACAGAGGAAUCAGAGAAUAAAAAUGCAAGUGAAGUAUUGGCUCCUUAUCAGGACCAUACAUCGUAGAAAUAUUUUUCUUUACUGAUAUUCUUAACAAUAUGAUGCUUUACUUUAAAUGGUUAUUAAACAUUCAUUCUGAGAGUGUAUAAAUGCAUGUUUGUUAUUGGUCUGGCAUAAAACCAUUCCUUGCUUGUGUAAGGAAGUAGGCGUAAUAUAAUAACUGCAGCAGACUGAUCAAUUAGAAAUCUAGUUACCGUAAUUAUGUAAUGGUUGAAAAUUUCAUGAUUCAGAAUUUAUUAGGUAUGCAUCUGUUAGAUUUUAGAUGAUUGAGAUAGUGUUAUUUGUCAUCCUCAGAUUUCCGUACUAAUGAGCAUUCUAAUUUAUUCUUUGUCAUGAAUGGUAGUUCUAAAAUAUGAUUAAGUAUAACGUUGAGAGGUACCAAUCCGCUCUACCUUUCUUGGUAAAAUUUUGCUUGUUUUUCGCUUUGCAAUGUACAUUAUAUUUUAUGAUUUUUCUACCUUAUUAAACACAGGAGGCAAAAGAUUGUGAUCACAGAAAUAAAUCAUUUCAUUUAACAAUUAGAAGCAUGUAGAUUAUUUCUUUGCAAUUCUGUCAUGUUGGUUAACUAGCCAGGCUGAAUGUGAUCCUUAUGCUUUCACAAUGCUGACAUAGUGAAACUGGGAAGGUUUUGUUUCCUCCUAUAUUAAUGUGAUGUGGAUUAAUCAGAACAAUAUCAUCUUUGUGAAGUAUUGCCAAUGCUGCUUUCUGUGCCUUAUUUAUUUCUGUGUUACAGUGAAGUGAAGAAAUUUUAUCCAAGUAGACUAUAUCCAAUCCCGAUGUUGAAUACAUUUUUAUAAUUCCAAAUCAUCUAUUUCUUCUUUCAAAG